AUGUCAAGACCUGUUGCAGGGGUACGACACAAAUCAAUCAUCAUUACUGUCCCCGGAUCUCCCAAAGGUGCAAAAGAAUGCGUGGAAGCAGUUAUCAAAAUACUACCCCAUGCAUGUGCCCAGGCAGCAGGCGCUGAUUCAAGGACUCUGCAUGCGGGCGGUAUUCAGAAGCUAGAGAAAGAAGCCGGAAUAGCCAGCCAUACAGCAGUGUCGUCAAAGCCUGACGGAGGCCAUCACCACUGUCCCCAUCAUGGCCACGGACACGGACAUGCUAUACCCAAAGCACAUACGACCGCAGCAGAGAGACCAAGCUCCAAUGAUCCGGCUACUGGCCCAACUAGACGAUACCGUACCUCCCCAUACCCCAUGAUCUCCGUGGACGAGGCUCUCAAGUUGAUAUCAGAGCAUACACCCGAUCCUACCGUCAUCGAGGUGCCAGUGGACAUCUCGCUUGUUGGCUCAGUUAUAGCCGAAGAUGUCUUUGCCUCCGAAGCUGUCCCUGCCUAUCGAGCCAGCAUUGUCGACGGAUACGCCGUCAUUGCCCCUACUUCUCCCGGUGAAGGUGUUAGUACAAAGGGCCAGUUCCCAGUUGCAUCCGUCUCCCAUGCACAAGCCGCCUCUAUGCCUCCCCCAUUGACGCCCGGGAACAUCGCUCGUAUCACGACCGGGGCACCGCUCCCAGAAAACGCUAAUGCCGUCGCCAUGGUAGAAGACACAGUUCUGGUAUCAACCACCCCCGACGGUAAGGAAGAAGCCAUCGUUGAGAUCCUAACUGCAGAUAUUAAAGUAGGAGAGAACAUCCGCGAGCCAGGAAGCGAUGUCAAGCUCGGCUCCAGAAUCCUGCAAAAGGGAGACCUCAUUACCGAUGUAGGAGGGGAAAUCGGCCUACUGGCUUCUACCGGCACCAAGACAGUGAAGGUUUACAAGAAGCCAUGCAUUGGUGUCCUUAGUACCGGAGAUGAGCUGGUCGAACACUCUGACCCCAUCAAGCUUACAGGCGGCCAAAUCAGAGACUCAAAUCGCCCUUCUCUAAUCUCAUGCUUGACUUCAUGGGGUUUCCCAACCGUCGACCUUGGUAUUGCAAAGGAUACAUCCGGUCACCUGGAAGAGCUCCUCCGUGAUGCCCUACGCGGCGCAUCACCCUCUAACCCUUCGGGUGUAGACGUGAUCAUAACCACCGGCGGUGUUUCAAUGGGCGAACUGGACUUGCUGAAACCCACCAUUGAACGACAGCUAGGAGGCACCAUACACUUUGGGCGAGUGUCGAUGAAGCCAGGCAAACCAACUACUUUUGCAACCCUACCGUUUAAACCUAGCUCCCCUGAUUCGAACCAGAGAGAGAAAAGGGUUAUCUUCUCUCUUCCUGGCAACCCUGCUUCGGCUUUGGUUACGCUUAACCUGUUCGUACUGCCGUCACUGCAUAAGACUAUGGGGUUGGCCCAGAGAGGACUUCCAGUUAUCAAGGCUUCGUUGACACACUCUAUUCCUAAAGACCCCAAACGUACUGAGUAUCAUCGUGCUGUUGUGGGCUCAUCUGAGGAAGAUGGCCGGCUACUGGCUACAAGCACUGGUAUUACCGGUGUAGGCCAGCGAAGCUCAAGGGUUGGGAGCAUGGCUAAGGCUAACGCAUUGUUGGUUCUUGAACCUGGCUCUGGCUCGAUUGAAAAGGGACAGUUAGUCGAGGCACUAAUGAUGGGACCUUUGGUUUGA